AAAGUAAAUAUAUCUGUAGGAUACCUCUUGUACAUAAACUCGAUACAGCUUUGCUAUUUAGCCGCGCUAUAUGAAGGAUGGGCACUGCUAAUCUGUGUACUCUUUAUGAGCGAGUCAGGGCGUUCACGCACUCUCUCACGGAUACCAAGUUAAAUCUAACAAACUUGGAACUUCACGAGAUUCCCGAUGAUGUGGCAGAAUUGCUGUCCAAAGACAACGCUGGUAGUCGGCUCACACACCUAGAUUUAUCACACAACACGUUGAGCUCGAUACCUGCAACGCUGCUGAAUUCGAUACCAAACCUCCGCAUACUAUUUUGCUCUAGCAAUGUGUUCAAAACUCUGCCGGAUUUACGUACAGUAUCAUCCCUGUUCAUGGUCAGUUUCAGAUCCAAUCUGUUCUCUGGGGAACUCGGUGUGCAGCAACUGCCCUCGACUGUAGGCUGGUUAAUUCUCACAGACAACCAGAUCACGGCCCUACCAGAGAAUUUUGGUACGCAUCUGCCACGUGUACGAAAGCUCAUGCUGGCCAAUAACCAGUUGACCACUUUACCACCCUUGCUGGCAGAGAGUGGUCUCAAUGACAACCUGGAGUUGAUACGCUUGUCAAACAACAAGUUUGAGCAGAUACCAGAAUGCUUGCUUCACUUUAGCAAGUUGUCUUGGUUGGGUUUGGGCGGCAACCCCUGCACUGCGUCUUCCAUCCAGUCGCUGAGUGAGUUGGACCAAUCUCUUCGGGUAGAUGUGAAUGAUUAUGUCCUCGAGACCUUGCCUUCGCUGGGUACAGGGGCUAGUGGAAAUGUGUAUUUAGCUAUGGCUCGUGGUGCGUACGUCCAUACCAAGAAUACGCAAAGUAAUAUCCACUCGGAAGAAGACGACGAGAAGGCUGUGAUUGACAGUACACACAAGGACGCUGUGGCUAUCAAACUAUUUAAAGGAGAGUUAACGUCGGAUGGACAUGUAUUAGAUGAGGUGCAAACAGCUGUGGCACUCCGCAAUGUGGAAGGACUAAUACCAGUACACGCCUACGUAGGGGCGGAUAAUGGUGCGGGCGCUGGGCUUGUUAUGAGUCUGAUCAGGGACAUGCAUAGCCUGGGAGACCCUCCAUCGUUCGCGAGCGUCACAAGAGAUGUGUACCCGGGCGCCAAAAGGUUCGAUACCAUCGAACAGGCCAGAAGGUUUUUGCUCUGUAUAAGUGGCGUGGCUAAAGAGAUUCACGCACUUAAACACACCCACGGAGACUUGUACGCUCACAAUAUACUAUAUUCAUCAUCGACGAAUGAAAGCUACUUGACGGAUAUGGGUGCAGCAUUUCCUUAUAAGGACGACCGCAUUGAGUUGUUGGAGGUACGUGCCUUCGGAUGUUUAAUCGAAGAGAUGUGUGAUCAGUGUGAUGCGUAUGACACGGAUAAAGAUGUCCGGGAUGCCCUACUGGCACUGGCCAAAGAGUGUAUGGGUGCAGACUUAAGCGCGAGACCCCGAUUUAGUGUAGUGGCAGAGAGGUUGAGUAAAUUUUAGAAUAUAAUAAUAUAUACUAUUUUAAUAUGCUGUACCCAUAAGUGAGUGAUUAUUUAAAGAGGACGACAUUUGAUAUGUGAGAUAUGG